CAAGUGCCGUCUGAGCUCUUUUUUUUUUUCCGAAAAGAAAUAUAUUUAUACACUUUUGCUUCUGGUAGAGAUGCAAAUGUUUGGUUUUUUUCCCGGAAAUGAUUUUGCGUAAUCCAGUUAACCCUAAAGUAUCGAUCUUCAAGGUACUGUUCAUCUCAACGAUCGCAGAAUCUGUUCCCAAUGAUUAUUACUCUCAUUUCAUCUCCAUCCUUGGAGCCUGCAAAACGACGGACCAAUUCAAGCAACUACACUCACAGAGCAUUACGAGAGGUCUUGCGCCAAACCCAACAAUCCAAAAGAAGCUUCUUUUCUUCUGGUGUACUCGUUUAGGUGGCCACAUGGGUUAUGCUUGUAAGCUGUUUGUGAAAAUACCUGAACCAGAUGUGGUCGUGUGGAACAAUAUGAUCAAGGGUUGGUCAAGAGUGGAUUGUGACAUGGAAGGUGUUAGAUUGUAUUUGAAUAUGUUGAAGAAAGGUGUCUCUGUGACCCCAGACAGCCACACGUUUCCUUUCUUGUUCAACGGUCUUAAGCGGGAUGAAGCGUUGGCUUGUGGUAAGAAGCUGCAUUGCCAUGUUGAGAAAUUCGGAUUAGGUUCUAACCUUUAUGUGCAGAAUGCUCUUGUUCAGAUGUACUCUUUAUGUGGACUAAUGGAUAUGGCUCGUGGGGUUUUCGACAGGAGAUGCAAAGAGGAUGUGUUUUCUUGGAACUUGAUGAUCUCUGGGUAUAAUAGAAUGAGACGAUAUGAAGAAAGCGUGGCACUUUUCAAGGAGAUGGAGAGAAACUUGGUUGUUCCAACUUCUGUUACCUUACUUCUUGUUCUCUCUGCUUGUGCAAAGGUAAAGGAUAAAGAUCUCUGCAGAGGGGUUCAUGGCUAUGUAAGUGAGUGUGUGAGGGAACCAAGUUUGAGAUUGGAGAAUGCUCUGGUAAAUGCAUAUGCUGCGUGCGGGGAAAUGGAUGUAGCAGUAAGGAUCUUUAAGAGUCUGAAGACUAGGGAUGUGAUUUCUUGGACUUCUAUUGUGAAAGGGUUUGUCGAGAUAGGGAAUCUAGAAUUGGCAAGAACAUAUUUUGAUCAGAUGCCAGUGAGAGACAGAAUUUCGUGGACUAUUAUGAUCGAUGGUUACCUACGAGCUGAUUGCUUUAAUGAAUCUCUAGGAAUUUUCCGUGAGAUGCAAAGUGCAGGCUUGGUACCUGAUGAAUUCACCAUGGUUAGUGUUCUCACAGCUUGUGCUCAUCGGGGUGCCGUUGAGAUAGGUGAAUGGAUUAAGACAUACAUAGACAGAAACAAGAUCAAGAACGAUGUUGUUGUAGGAAAUGCUUUGAUCGAUAUGUAUUUCAAAUGUGGGCGCGCUGAAAAAGCAAAGAAGGUUUUCUAUGAAAUGUGUCAAAGAGACAUAUUCACAUGGACAGCCAUGGUUGUUGGUCUUGCAAACAAUGGACAAGGUCAAGAGGCCGUUAAAGUCUUCUUUCAAAUGCAAGACAUGUCGAUAAAACCAGAUGAGAUUACUUACCUCGGCGUCCUCUCUGCUUGUAACCAUAGUGGUAUGGUAGACCAAGCAAGGAAAAUUUUCACCAAGAUGAGAAGCGACCAUAGAAUUGAGCCGAGUUUAGCACAUUAUGGAUGUAUCGUUGAUGCGCUCGGGCGAGGUGGGCUGGUCAAGGAAGCAUAUGAAAUGAUUAGGAACAUGCCAAUGAAUCCAAACUCGAUUGUGUGGGGAGCUCUACUCGGUGCUUCUAGACUUCAUAAGGAUGAAGCGAUGGCUGAAUUGGCAGCUAAGAACAUUCUUGAGUUGGAGCCUGAUAAUGGGGCUGUUUAUUCUUUGCUAUGCAACAUAUAUGCAGCUUGCGAAAGAUGGGAGGAUUUGCGAGAAGUGAGAAGAAAGAUGAUGGACAUAACAACCAAGAAGAUACCAGGCUGUAGUUUAAUUGAGGUAAACGGUGUUGCUCAAGAGUUUGUUUCUGGAGACAAAUCACAUCUUCAAUCUGAAGAGAUUUACAUAAAACUAGAAGAAUUAGCCCAGGAGUCGACAUUUGCAGGGAACCUGGCUUGUACUUCCGAAUUAUUGUUGGAGGCUAGGUAAGAUUAUGUUUCACAGAGAAUUUAGCUAUGAGUUUCGAGUUGAUUGCUUCUGAAGCCAGGGAUACACAGUUCAAGAUUAUAGAGAACCCUGAGAUGUGAACAGAUGAUAGUUUGUCACUGUCAAAGUUGUGGCGAAUGCUGUGGAUAAGAGGACAGCACAAGUUUCACUUAAUUGUUCAACACAACAUUCAGUUAGAGGCUGGAUCCAGUCUGGGAAGCCUACAGGGGAAACUGAUGAAUUUAUCUGCUGGAAGAUCACUCUUUACGCAGGCACCUUGUGGACCAAUCGAAUAGAAGACAGAAUCUGGUUUUGCGAACCUGUACAGAAUGGGCAUUGCCUAUAGCAAUCACCAUCUGACCGGAUCAGAGCACUUAAGCUCUGAUCCUCUACAGAAGCCUGAGAUCUCUCGCCUAUCAUUCAGAGCCAGACAGACUUGCUUAUCAAGACAAUUCAGAACAUCUCCAACAUGCUUUAUAUGAUCCACAUAGUUGUGUAACUUGAACAAGAAUCAGAGGCAGAUUAGACAUCCAGGGAAAAUCCAAUAUGGUUUUUUUCAGUCUGACUGGAUAGACAUUAAUCAUCAUCAAAGAUAUCUUAAUUACGGAACUGAGCAAUUCAUUCUUGUUGUGGAGGGCAAAAACAAAUCUUCUAUCUUGAUGUAAGACCUCUUAAACCUUAACGGUUAAAUAU